UUCUGUAUCGUCCUCGUAGGAGUUGCAAUAGACCACAGGCUAUGUUUAAAGAAGCAUAUGCCUUCAACAUAACAUAUAUGAAUUAACUUUUAACUACUUAUCUUAUUAUUUACAAAAGAGUUAGAAUAUGAUUCAAUUGUUAACUUCGAAUUUUCAUCAGUAAUAAGAAUGAAUCAGUCAGAUCUGGUGCGAAAAUUAAAUUUAUUAAGCAUGGAGAGGGGCCAUCAGUUUGAAAUGUCCGUUAAAUGUAGUUCAGUCUUGUUUUAAUUUCCGUUUGGCGGCACCUAACUUUCACCCGCCAUUAAAAAAGGACGUGACGUUGUCAGAUGGAACAGUUGAUGAAAUCGUUACAUAUUUUUUUUACAUAUCUGAAUGAACUUAACCUCAAAUGGCAUAACAAUAUCGAGAAAGCUGCAAAACCCCUUAAUGCUUUUAGAAAUCAAGCAGAACAGCUGAGACUUGUGAAAAAGUUUGAAGACAAUGACGAUAAUGCAGAACUUCCAAACCUGAAAAGUAGGCUAAUAUCAAAGAUUAAGUUGGGUGUGGAAGAGGAAUUAUCAUUACUGAAAGAGAUAUUAAAAGAGUUUGAGAUAAGCAACAAGGAUCUGAAGAAGAAGUUGGUGUUUGUGGAACAGAGGUGUGAGGCUGUGGAGACUGAGGCAAUGUUGCGAGGCACCGCAACUCAACCUGCCCCCUACCUCAUGGUCGAGUGGGCAGAAGAUGCCUGGAGACUGUACCACGCAUUUUAUAUUCAAAUAUAUGGUGCAUUAAGGUGCCUGAACUGUGAAGACGAGGAUUCUGUCGUAAGAUUUCAGACAGCCUUCCAAGAAGAUGCCAAAAUGAAAUGUCACAUUGAGCGAAUGUUGGCUUAUACGAAGUUCUUUGUGGAAGGAUUCUGAUGUCCUUUUGCAUCAUUUUCAGAUUGCAGGUUUAAAGUCCUAAUUGUGGUACAAUAAUUUUAUUGUUUCAUUUUAUAACUUGUUUCGUGUGUGUAUUCCAGUACUGUUGCAUAUGUUGGCAAAGAAGCAAAAUAACAUUAAAAUAAUUAAAAUUGUCAUUUACUAAGUUUUUACACCUUCAAGAUUCAGUAAAAUGUCAAUAAACUAAUCGAGAAGAA